AAGCCUUUUACAAUAUCAGUUUGAAGGUAUUCAUAAAUUAGAUUAUUAAAAACUACUCAUUACUUUCUUAAUAUUUGAUUCAUUUUUUUGGUGUCCCUUGAAAAAUGGGGAAACAUAUGAGCAAUAUUAUGUAAUGAUGUAAAAUGUCAAUAUAUUUUCAAAUGAAAUACUUAUUUAUACAACAUAUCAUCACUUCCCACACCCCUAAUAGUUUCUAUAUAAAUUUACUUUAAAGUUGAAAUUCAAUCUAAUAAUUGGCAUUAAUAAAAUUCUCUAAAUCUAAGUUAUUUAAGCUUUUCCUUUAUAUAUGUAUUUCUUGAUCUCUAGCUUUUACAAGGGCCAAGCAAUGCUAUUGUCUUUCUUUUUCAACCAAUAUUAUAAUGGGAGGUCUUUAUAUUAAAUAUUCAAUAUUUGUAAUAAUCCGUUUUGA